CACAAAAUAACGCGUAGGUGGCGCGAGCCCGUGGGCUAAAAAAGCCCACGUGGCAUUCUUUAUAACGGUUGUGGUGUUGUGAACUGUGAAAUGAAUGAGCUUUUGGGAGAGUUAGUUAACUAUGGAGGGAGCAGUUGCAGCGUCUUCUUUGUCUCUGCUUUCAUUGGGGAGUGUGAAAACAAGGAGCAGAGUGUCUCGGAUCUCUGUCGUGUCUGGGAGACAAGGUUGUAAUGUUUGGGUUAAGAAUGGAAGAAGAAGAAGGGUAAGGGUGAGUGCUGUGAACGUGGAAGAUAUAACCACAGUACUUGAUCCAGCUCCGGUGGAAGUCACCUGGCAAAUUGUGGUCGGAGCUAUAGCUGGAGUUACCCCUUUUGUGGUGGCAGGGAUCGAAUUUCGAAAAAGAAUUAUAGCUCAACAAAGAUGUGAGGAGUGUGGUGGGUCGGGGCUUGUUCUAAGGGAAAAGGAAUACUUCCGUUGCCCAGAAUGUGGUAUGAUUGCAUUCACUUCUUCUCGUGUCUUGUACUCUGUUCAAGCAAUUAAGUAUGCAGGUGGGUUCCUUCCUUGGCAAUCCUGGAAAAGAUUCUUUUCAGGCUAAUUUCUACAGCGUUGUACAAAAAAACCAUACUUCAACAGUGACAAAUUUAUUAAACAGAGAUUCAAUGUUUGUGAGAAUACUCUAUCAUACACAAACAUAAACAACAUAGUAAAGCUAUUUGUAAUACCAACUACCAUUUUCAUUAGAAACAUUGUAAUUUCUUUCUGAGAGAAAUGGUAUUUGCUACCCUCUUGAUAUGCCCACCCAAGGAAAAAGAAUUCUGCAGCAACGGAGACAUGUUUGUGAAGUCUCAAUAUUUAGACGAUUUGUGAAAGUGGUAGAAGCUUGGGUUUUUAGCUGUUUUUUUUUUUUCACUGUAGGUUGUUCUGAUUGAAUUGACUCCAAUUUUUUCUUAAUCUUCAAAUGCAUAUGAUGUAAUCAGAAUGAAGUGCGUUUAAGU